AUGCAAGAUUAUAAGAUAAUUAAUGGAAUCAGAGGCAGAAAUUUCAAGAGAUAUCUACUUCAGCCAUUAAAAACAAGAUCAAUCUCAAAUUCUCACUUAUUAGUCCGCAGCUCCUCUAAACUUAUUAUGUGCGACAAUCCCGGAUUUGAAGAAACUAAUAAUAACGAUAAUGAAUCUCACUGUAUAAAGGUAGUUAUUAGAACGCCUACAGAUUUUACUGUAAACUCUAGCUAUAAUGACUGGAGUUUUCAAGAAAAUUCAAUUAACAGUAGAAAGCAUACAAGUAAAAGUUUCGAUAAAGCUUGCCCAAGUAUAGGCAGCGUUAGAAAAAAUAAGAUUAUUUCGGUAUAUAGCCAAAAAUUCUUGCUGAAAAAGAAUGAAAUAAAAUUGCCUCCAAUUGAGCAUGCAUUUAGUAUGCAUGGCAAGAGAAAUAGCAAAAAUCCAUUAAAAGCAAAUGUAGUUAAUAUGCAAGAGUUGUUUACUACAACAGUUUUGCAUAAGCAAAAAAGAGUGCCUCGAUUUAAUGAACUGCUAUUUUAA